AUGUAUCUACUCACCGGCGUCGUGUUGUUGCUAUCUUACACCCUUUAUCGAGUGUUGAACAUUGGUAGACGGCAUCCUCGAAUGCCCCCAGGGCCGCCAACUAUUCCGUUACUUGGCAAUGUGCACCAGAUCCCAAAGACGGGAUUGGGAAAACAAUUUCGAACCUGGGCCGACAAGUAUGGGCCGAUAUUUUCGCUCAAAAUUGGUCCUAGGAACCUUGUGGUGGUCUGCGACCGAAAAGCAGCAAACUAUCUACUUGACAAGAAGGGGAGCAUCUACUCCGACCGGCCAUUUGUCUACGUGACCAACUACAUCACACAUGGCGACCGUUUGACUAUGGAGAACGCGACUCCGGCAUGGAGGGAGCAGCGUGCCAUAGUCUCACGCAAUCUGAGCCCAAAGCUAUUGGAUGAGAAGCAUUUCCGCGUCCAGGAGGCUGAAGCCGUAAUAUUCAUGAAUAACAUACUAAAGCAGCCAGAACGCAUGUUUGAUUACGCCAGACUCUAUACAGCGUCAGUUGCGAGCACGCUGAUAUGGGGCCAAAGAGCGGCGGAUCUCGACUCUUUCUGGUAUAAGGAAUUCUACGAACUCAUGGACUUGUGGGUGAAAAUAGAAGAGCUUGGAGCAAAUCCUCCCAUCGACGAAUUUCCAUUCCUGAAAUACCUACCUGGAAACUGGAAGACGCGAGCGGACAAAUGCAAGGAGUUGCAGACUGCCAUGUGGACUAAGGCGAGAGCAAUCAUUGACAAAAGAAGAGCUGAAGGCGAUAAGAGGGAUUGUUUCAUUGAUACCAAGCUUGAUGAUUAUGAAGCCAAGGGGUUUCCCAUGUCCCAACACGCUUUCAACUAUCUCUUUGGGGUAUUGCUUGAGGCUGGAGCAGAUACAACGGCCAACCAGAUCUUGACGAUUAUCUUAGCGCUUGCCAAAUAUCCAAAGGUCGCGGAACGCGCAAGGAAAGAAAUCGAUGCCGUGUGUGGCAAAGACAGAGCUCCGCUGUUCUCGGACUUCAAUGAGUUGCCCUACAUCAACUGUAUCGUGAAGGAAGGAAUGAGAUGGCGGCCAACACUGUGUCAUACAGAUGAUGAAUAUGAGGGCAUGCUCAUUCCCAAGGGCACAACGGUUUUCCUUGGAGUCUGGGCUCUACAUUAUGACGAGAAAUCGUACCCUAAUCCCAACGACUUCAAUCCGGACCGCUACCUGGAUCAUCCAAAACUUGCUCAUGACUAUUCGGUUGGAGACUACAACAAACGAGAUACGUACGCCCCUUUCAAAGGUUGGUAUUCGAAACUGACGAGUAUGCAUCUUGCAGAGCGGAAUAUGUGGCGUAUUACCGCAAAGCUUCUGUGGGCAUUUGAUAUCUCUGAGCCUGUGGACCCAGUCACGGGAAAGGUGACUUCAUUGGAUGUGGACGCAUACAACUCAGCAGUCCUGCUAUGCCCAUUGCCUUUCGAAGUGAAAGUGGUACCAAGGAGCAAGGAGCAUCUCGCUGUCAUUGAGCGAGAAUUGGACGACGCUACGAAGUUCAUGUCACAAUGGGGAUAGAAAGCAUGCUAGCUAACAAAGCGGAGGGGCGUUCUGAACCAGUGCUCAAUGUCGAUAGUUCUUGCACUGCAAUCCUCUCUUGUAUGAAGUCAUAUGAUAGUUCAUCCAGACAUCACAUGGCAAUAAGAUCAAUUGCCGCUCAUUUCUCUUUCUGCUU